AAUUUAGUCAGUAAGACCUCCAUCCCUCUUCGCAUAACCGUAACUCACAGGUCUCUUUCUAAUUUCUCUCUCUGCAGUGCACUGUAUAUAAUAAUUAAGCUCAUUCUUCAUUUAAUUUUUUUUAUUUCCCUAAAAAACUCAGCAAUUAAGCAAGAAUUAUAACCAAAAUUGAGCAAAUUAAUCAUUACCCAAUUGAGAAUUACUAGUUAAUUACAAUACCCACAUCUUAAUUUUUUAAAAAGUUGUGGGGAUUUAGCUUUAAGAUAAAGUUUCAAAAUUAACAUUUUUUAGAUGUGGGAUUAGUAAAGGUGAAGUCUUUGAUGGAUCCUCCAUUGAUAAAUGAAGGUUCAUUUGCAACAUCAAACCCUUCAUUAUCUGAAAUUUGGCCUUUCAAUAAUGGUGGAAAUUGUGAUGAUCGUGGAAUGUUGGGGCUUAGAAUGGGAAAUGGUGGAUUUGUAAAUGGUUUAAUUGAUGGGUUAUUCAAAGGUGAUGGAUCAAUGGAAGAAUCAACUGUUACUGGGCAAAGUGGAAGUCUUGAUGGUAGUAAUGGGAGGAAAAGAAGAGAGAAUUUUUCUGAAGAUGAAUCUUCCAAGCUUUUUUCUACUAUUACUAGUGCCAAUGAAUUGAAAAAUUCAAAUGCUAAACGUAUUAAAGCAUCAUGUUCUCAAGAUGAAAAUGGCAGUUCAAAGUCUAGAGGGGAAGCGAGUUCAGCCAGUGGUAACAAUCAUGCUGAAAAACCAACUGAGCCACCUAAAGACUACAUCCAUGUUCGAGCAAGAAGGGGACAAGCUACCGAUAGCCACAGUUUGGCUGAGAGAGCCAGGCGAGAAAAGAUAAGUGAGAGGAUGAAAAUUUUACAAGAUUUGGUCCCCGGAUGUAGCAAGGUUAUCGGAAAAGCAUUAGUCCUCAACGAAAUUAUCAACUAUGUACAAUCCUUACAACGACAAGUUGAGUUCUUAUCUAUGAAGCUUGAAGUCGUCAAUUCUGGUGUGAUCCCCUCUUUUAGUGGCUUCCCUUCAAAAGGCGUAAGUUUGCCUUUUUACCGGUUAAUCAGCAAGGGGUGCCAUCAUUUGAUCCAAAUGGUAUGAUGUUCAGUACACAAGCUGCAAGAGAUUUUGCGGCCGCAGGAGAGCAGCAAUCAGAGUGGCUACAGAUGCAAUUAGGCGGAAAUUUCGAACGAACAGCCUGAUUCCUUUUAAUAAAUUCUCUUAAUUGAUGCUAAUUAUGCGAAAAUAUCGGGCUAAUCAUUUAUUUCGGAUUGAGUAUCGAUUUCUAUAUUAGCUUUCCAUGAUUUUGUAAUACUGCCUUCUGUAGAAAGUAUUCAUCGUAACGUUCAGCCUUCUUGUAUGAUCCUCAUCCUCUAACCAGCACUAGAAUGACUUCUGAGUUCAUUUUGUACGAAUUGUGUUUCGUCCAUGUCGUUUUUUUUAUAAUUCUUAAAGUUAACAAAGUCGGAUGUAUCAAAAUCGGGUUAAAUUUCUUCGUCGUCGUUGAUUGCAUCGCCAUUUCCAUUUUGUUCUAGUGACGGCGUUUAUA